AUGAGCAGCUAUCCCUACGCACCCCCUCCGCCAGCUCCUUCAGCGGCUUCGCCGGGCCCGUAUCCCCCGUACGGUCAAGGACCAGGGUAUGCUCACACGCCUCGUGGUGGCCAUGCUGCAGCAGCGAGUAGCGGCAGAGGGCAUGGCCAUCACCAAGGACCCGGCCGUACUGAAUACGGCUCGCCUUACUAUCAGCAACAAGAUUACCCUGCCCCUAGCGGUGGGCAGUAUAACCAUCCUCUAACGACCGUUCACUGGCGAGGGCCUAUACCCGUGAGCCACGGUCACCCCAACGGCUCGUCUCUUCCGCCGAACUAUCCUCCUAGUUACGCACCUCAGGGAUUUCACCCUCAACCCAGCCAGUCCUACCAACCGCCGUAUCCCAACCAAUCCUCCCGUCCUCCAUAUGGAGUUCCCUACGGUCAAGCGCCUAAUGAGUAUGCUCAACAACCUGUUCAGCCAUGGGGCGAUCAAGCUCAAUCAUUUUCUCACUAUUCUAGUCGCGGCGGACGUGGCGGAUAUCCGAGUGAUCGAAGUGGUCCUCUGCGCAGUCCCUAUCCUCCUACACAUCACCAACCAGCUCCCCUCCAGCAGCCGUCGUACGGCUACCCCCCAGCCCCUUCUCCGUCAUAUUCCGGCCCACCACAGUCUCAUUACGGAUCUAAUAAUAGAGGACAUGGUCGUGGUGGUCACGCUCACUCAAACAGAGGAGCUAUGAACGGUGACCGUGGCGAGAAGUUUCGCCCUCGGGACCAAAAGCCGCACCAGCCGUCCAACAAUUAUCAGAAGUCUGAUCAUGCUGGCGCCAAGAAGAAGAAGCGCAAGACAAACACACUGGGACUAACCCCAGGAGACGAGGAUUCAGACGAUGGUGUAGAUGAAGAGAAGCGCCUGGAAGAGCUGCUCGGCACAGAUGCCCCAGGUAUACCUGAUGGUGAUUUAGCGAAGUGGAUAGCGGAGCGUAAAGCGAAUUACCCGACCAAAGCUCGUGUGGCGCAGAAGAAGGAGGCAGGAGUGCUCCCGACGCCGGUAGCUAAUGCUAACGACGGCAAGGAGACUGUCGUCGCUCAGGUCGAUCCGGUCGAAAAAGAAGCAGAUCGUCUACGUAAGAAGUUGGCGAAGCUUGACCGCCAGAUUGAGAAGCGCAAACGUGCACCUAAUGAUGAAGGUGACGAGAUGCGCUUGGAGUCUUCGGACGACGAGUCUGAUGACGAGCAACCUGAAGCCUUACCGACUGACAAGUCGGCUAGCGGAUUUCUACCUCCUCCCCCGAUCACGCGAGCUGACCCCUCAAACCACUGCAAGUACUACUCUACGGGAGGGAUUUGCGGCAAGAAGGGCAAGUGCCGUUUUGUACAUGACCCGGCUGUUCGCGAGGCUGCUCUUCAGGAGCGGACGAGAAAUGGAGGUCGAAUGACUCUCAAACAGCGCCUCCUUCUAAAUGACAAGGAUCAAGACGACAUGGAAGUGAUUAAGACGAUUGUGGAUAUGCGCUCUAGCGGACGCUUACACGAUCCUCAUACCUCUACCGAUCAGCAGGACAAGGAGAAGGUCGCCGUCGCCGCCGUUUCUUCGCUACCCACUACCGGUGGGGAGGCCAACCUACCACCCAACCCGUACGCACACCUGAAGAACGCGGAUAGAAACCAACAGUAUCGUAAGGCUAAGAAGCCUGGUGAUUGGACCUCCCCUACCCAACAGCAAGGAUGGAAUGCCCCUAGCUACGGAGGUGCUGGCAUGCCACCUAAGUAG